UAAAACGACACGAUCACGCAUAAAACAUGUUUACAGUUAAACCAGGACACAAUUAAGUGAACGCUUAAAGUAUACACUAUCAUCUCACUAACAAGUCAUUUGUUUAAAAUUUAAAAAAUAAAAAUACACCAAAUCUCACCAAAUCUUUUAUUAGAAAAGAUUCGUUUGAAUAAUAAAUCUGAAAUGUUGUUUGUGAGCAGAUGGAUUUUUGCGCUGUUUAUAGUUUUCCAAGGUACAACAUUAUCUGCUAUAAUAGAAGUUUCAGAGGACCAAGAAGUGACCAUCACAUGCCCAUUAAAUGUUCAAUACCCAACCUGGACUGGGCCUGACGGAUUGGCUAACCCAAUAAAUAAUGGACAUACAAUCAAUGAACCAGGCAUUUCAUGGGUAAAUAGCAAAGAUCUGAAGAUAGAUAAGACCAUGUUAAAGCACGAUGGUAACUAUAUAUGCUCUGAUUACAGUGGUGACAGAAAAACCGUGGAAGUUGAUGUACAGUGUACGUAAUUCUACGAAAUCCCUAA